UCCCCAUAUAUCAUCGUACCUUCUCCAACUAACUUUCACAACGUCGUCGUCUCCGUCCACACUUCUGCAACAUUUCGCGCAAUUUUUCCCAUGUCCCGCUUACAAUCCCUAACAAAAUCCACACCGUCCAUCCACCAGCGGUUCUCAAUCCGCCACUUGUCCACCGCACCACAGCCAUCAUCAUCGUCACUCUCGUCUCUGAUCACUGCCUCGAGCUUCGACUCUAACCCUCACCAAAACCCCUCUUAUGGCUCCUUCCUCAAAUGGAUCUCGGGCUUCGCUAUGGGCUCGGGGCUCGGGCUUCUCUACUGGUCUUCUCCCGAUUCGGUCUUGACUUUCGCCGAUUGGUCAACGGUGGUCCCGGGAGAAACUUUGGAGGAUCAGCCUUCGAGUUCCUUGCUUCAGAAACUCUCUUUGCCCGAAAUUACCGCUAGGUUUCUCUUCGGAGAUGCUUAUAGAAGAAAGAUCUUCUUCAACUAUGAGAAACGCAUUAGGUUGCGAAGUCCGCCUGAGAAGGUUUUUGAGUAUUUUGCAUCCUCUAGUACGCCAGAGGGAGAGUUACUUAUGAGGCCAGAAGAUCUUAUGAGGGCAGUAGUUCCGGUUUUCCCUCCAUCUGAGUCCCACCUUGUUAGAGAUGGAUAUUUGAGAGGGGAAAGAAAUCCUGGAGACUUGCGCUGUUCUCCUUCUGAAUUUUUCAUGCUUUUUGAUGUAAACAAUGAUGGGCAUAUUUCUUUUAAAGAAUAUAUUUUCUUUGUGACACUACUAAGCAUCCCAGAAUCAAGUUUUUAUGUCGCCUUUAAAAUGUUUGACACAGACGAUAGUGGAGAAAUCGAUAAGGAAGAGUUCAAGAAAGUGAUGGCUUUGAUGCGAGCCUGCAAUAGACAGGGUGCUAACCACAGGCAUGGACUUCGAACUGGGCUAAAAGUCAACGGUUCUGUAGAAAAUGGAGGGCUUGUCGAGUACUUUUUUGGUAAAGAUGGGAAGGAUUGCCUCCAACUUGAUAAAUUUGUCAAAUUUUUGAGAGAUUUACAAGAUGAAAUGGUAAGGUUGGAGUUUGCUCACUAUGACUAUAAAUUACGAGGAACCAUAUUGGCAAAGGACUUUGCCUUGUCCAUGGUUGCUUCUGCCGACAUGACUCAUUUAAGCAAUUUGCUCAAUCGGGUUGAUGAAUUGAACAAUAAACCACAUCUUAAAGACGUGCGCAUCACAUUUGAGGAAUUCAAAAGUUUUGCUGAGCUUCGUAAAAAAUUGCAGCCAUUAUCUUUGGCCCUUUUCAGCUAUGGAAAAGCAAAUGGCAUGUUAACACGAGAGGAUUUCCAGCGAGCUGCUUCUCAUGUUACCAGAACUUUUUGGAAGUUUACAGAGCAUUUUGGAACUGUUGCCUUAAGUUGUCACUGAUAAGUCUUCUUUUCUAAUUUGACAUAUGGUUCUGAUUAUCUUCCAUAGGCAACAGAUUUCCAUAUCUAAAUUAUUUAUUGUGAUUGUGUUGAUUGAAUAUCAGGUUUGUGGCGUGUCUCUUACUGACAAUGUGGUCGAAAUCAUCUUCCAUGUGUUUGAUUUGAACCGAGAUGGAAAUUUAAGCUUAGCCGAGUUUGUUAGAGUUUUACACCAACGGGGAAGGGACAUUGCUCAACACGUGGAUACAGGAAUCAUGGUUCUCGACUAAUUAGAUUUGGCUGCAUGGACCCUACGGAUAACGUUAGGUUGAUACUGGUUUGAUAGCUCAAGGGGGUGAAUCCUCUUGUAAAUUCGUAAAAUGUAACCUGUAAGUAGCUAGACAAGUUAUAGCUCUAACAGUGACAUUCAGCUGUUGUGAUGUGCUCCUCCUCUUGCCCCUAUAUCUAAUGUAAAACGUAAAAGUUCCAUUUUGUGUGUGUUUCGCAUGUUUUUCGAGCAACCCUUUGUUAUGUAUGUAGCUUGCUGGUCAAUAAAAGAAACUGAAAAGUUGUCAA